CCUAUUUCGAAAUGCAUUCACUUUGUUGCUCAACUCCACCAUGAAUGAUGGUGAUGGCUUCGACUAUCAAGUUAGGCGACCACGUGCACAACCGGUACCAUCCCUGCCACCAUUGCCUACUACUAUCCUCGUGUGCUCCUUCCUUCCUUCCUGGAACUCCCUCUUUCCCUCAUGCUCGAUACCAAACCUCGAGAUUGUCAUUCCUCCUCCCCUCAACCACGACGUGCCUUAAUCAAGGUAUAGGCAGUAUCCGACGCGUCUUCACAACGCUCUUGAUGAAAAGCUUCGAUUGCUCUAUCAAGCUCUUCAACUCUUUCUCCUCGACACCGUCCUGCCGAUUUUUGGCUCCAGCUUCUGAUAUGGACAAGUCCUCUCCUACAAUGCGCGUCACCCGUGGCCGUACCGGCAAGCUCCCGACUCCUGCGAGACGAAAGGAGUUCGUCUGCGACUUCAAUGAGGAGGAAGACAGUCCACCGCCGAGUCCUUCGCGCAAGCGUAUCAAGCUAGCUAUGGAGGAAGUCAUUGACACACAAGGAGUCCAAGAGGUUGUCCCUCAGAAGAAGCCUGGCCCAGUCUUCGAGGUCUUCAAGACCAACAAGAAGUUGGAGGAUGGAUUGUGCGUCGUACGUGCGCUUGGAGGAAGCCGAUAUGAGAUCGUAAACUUGAAGAGUGUCGACACGCAGCAAUUCUCGUCAGAGGAGACUGGUGCUAUCAUCAAGGGCAACGAAAGCCGUCACAAUAUCCUGGACAUUGGGGAGAAGGAGUGGGAGGCAGUCAAGUUCACCCUCGGUCAAGCUGUCCGCAGUGCUAACAAAGCUAUCUUCCGUAUCCAGAAGCUCCCAUUCGAGUUGCGCCUCUUGAUCUAUAGUUUUGCCAUGGUCGGCUCAAAGCCUCUGCAUCGUUACAAAGGCGACACGCCAAACGUUGCACUGGCACCACUGAUGCAAACCUGCAAGUAUAUGCUAGAGGAGACCCGAUCUGUUUUCUAUAAGAACAGCUUUCACAUCAACUCGUGCGAGAAGGUUCCAGGAGACUAUUUGACAAUCGUUCAACCCCACCUGAGAGAAGUUACCUUCACUUGGGACACAUUUGGCAGAAAAGACGCCAAUGCAAUCAAGUUCUUCCACGCCUGUCCAGAUUUAAAGAUCUUCAACCUCCGAGUUGACGCCUUUCUUUCAAACCCACGCGUCUGGCACAGACGCCAAUGGAGCCACCAGCAUGUUGCAUCUAUCAAGAAGUUCAGCAGAUGCCGUGGCUUUGAUGAUAUUGUUGAGUUGAGAGGUCUUGAGAAGGUCAGAGUUCAGGAUCAUGGAUCAGAUUUCACUGCCGACGAGAUUAAGGCUUUUCAAGACUUCCUGACGCCACUCUUGACGGCCCCUAAAUAUGUACCACCUCCCAAGCCUAUGAAAGUCGUCAUGGCCACCAAGACCAAAACAAAAAAGUCUCGAAAGUCCCGGAAAAGCACCAACUGGGAAGAUGACUCCGACUACGCUGCAUAAUUACAGAUAUUUGAAAUUCGGACUUUCGAUCGUGGCGUUAUGGAUGGUAUUCUGGAGGGCGUAUACUGGGUUCCUAGAAUUUUUGAUGAAUUUCCACAAAUAGAGACGUUGGGUGGUUCAGUGUCUUUCGCUGAAUUAGAGGUUUGCUGUUAGCUACUGCGCUAUACUCCUGGUGAAAUCAUGGCAUCGGGAGGGCUUUGCGACGUUCUCUUUUUCUUUUGCCGG